AUUUAGAAAAGUCCCCAUAUACGCCAAGACAGGUCACGUGACUCCUGUAUCCAACAAGGUGUUCAGAAAGUAAACGUGAACUUGUCCAGAAAAAUAGCACUUCUGUUCGGCCAAUGUCUAUCUAACAUAAUCUUUCCGCCGACAAGAUGUCAAUAAACGGACUUCAAAAAAGGUUUCAGUCAAGUUCGACGGCCGCAGAGCUAAAUCAGAGUCCAUUUGACAAUAUCCGCCAGCAGAUGGAAGAUGUCCUGGGAAACGGGGGGGUCAUGAAAGAGGUGGUCCACCCUGGAGAAGGCCCGUCUGUGCCCCAAAAUGCUUCAGUGUUAAUCCAUUACUCCGGCUUUUUGGAAUAUUCCGAUCAGCCGUUCGAGACCACUACACACUUCAAACACCCGCGCAUGAUGAAGCUGGGCAGAGACGUGACGCUUCCUGGAAUGGAGCUCGGUCUGCUGACCAUGCGGAAAGGAGAGUUCUCCCGCUUCCUACUGCAUCCUCGCUAUGCCUAUGGAAAAAUGGGAUGUCCUCCGCUCAUCCCGGCCGCUGCCCCGGUUUUGUUUGAAAUCCAGAUCCUUGACAUCCUCGACUCCGGCCAAGUGGAUGACUUUGUCAUACUGAGCCCGGUAUGGAGAUCCACCGUAUCAAGUACAAACUUUCCAUGGUUAACAAGUUUUGGUUUUCAGGAAGAGCAGAACAUGUUUCCUUUGUGCAAACUGGAUGAAGUGGUCAACACGCUCCGCAGCUUUGGCAACAGAUGCUUUAACCAGAGUCGCUAUGAGAAAGCCAAAGAGCACUACAAGCAGGGGGUAGAGUUGCUCGGCAACAGGGUCCGGCUGAGCGAUGCGGAGGCAAAGAAGCUCCAGAUGGCGCUGCUACCUCUCUAUCUGAACCUGUCCCUUACGGAGCUGCGUCUGGAGCGCCCGCGGAAAGCUCUGAAAUACGCUAACAGAGCUUUGGACGUCGACUCCAGCAGCACCAAGGCUCUUUACCGCUGUGGACAGGCCUACUUGGAGCUGGGAGACAACGAGAGAGCUCACGAUUACCUCGUCAAGGCCCAAACCAGAAAGCCCUUUGACGGUGACAUCAACAACCUGCUGAAGACAGUCACCAUUGCCUACAAAGACAGCUUGGACAAAGAGAAAGACUUGUAUGCAAAAAUGUUUGCAGGCUUCAAGGGCUCAGCGGAGAAGCAGACAAAUGAUGAUCCAAGUCAGUGAAGAGCCACUCUGCAAUUCCUGAGUCACAGUUUGUGGGUUUUUUUGUUCAUCCUUUAACAAUCCUUGCAUUGUUCUAUUUGUUUUACCUCAUGAUGAAUAUAUUAUGUUCAGUAUUUCCAUGGGUUUGUUGUUUUCAUUUUUAAUGGGGUUUUGGCAAAAGCACAAAUAAAAAAUCUGAAUGUGACUUUCGGGUAUUUGCU